GGGACUACCACCUAAAAUUUUCAUUCUCUUUCCCUCUUUUUUCAUUGUAUUUCUUCGUUAUUUAUUCCUCUCAAAUAUGCACUUUAUGACAACACAUAACACUCUUCAGAACGAUUCUCCUGCAGGAAGCGUGCAUAAGGAAGCACAACUUCUCCACGGCUACACAAACAAGUCGACAACUGAUCGUGAAGCUGUGCUCAGUUUUGCUGCGUGAAGCAAUUAUAACCAAUGUUCAACUUGAGUUAUUUUAAAAUAAACAGUUUUCAAUUUUGAUCAUUUAUAAAAAAACCAGUUUUCAAUUUUACUCAGACUUAUAUUAGGUACCAAGAAAUGGCAGGGUUUUAAUUGAGUUAUUUGGCAAAGAAUGUGUUUGUAGUCUUUGUGACAGAGCAACCUCGUCCCCAAGAUUUUAUCGGUCGAAUGGUCUUUUUGACACAAAGGACUGGGCUGGAACUGGAGUGAAGUGAUUCAUGUGAUUUACAUGAAUGUCCAACUGUUUUCGAAGUGCUUGCUGACAGUGAUACUCAUUCUAAACAUGGCGGGCAACGAACGAGAGCCAAACUUACACGUUUUGACCUUGAAUUGCUGGGGUAUUCCUUAUGUGUCUAAAAUGUGGGAAGAACGUAAAGUGCUCAUUGCUGAGGAACUCGCCAAAGGCCAUCAUGAUGUGGUUACACUACAAGAGAUUUGGAACCGAGGUGAUUAUGAGCUGAUUCGUCAAAUAGUUGUUGAUGUUCUUCCAUACUCGCAUUAUUUUUACAGCGGAGUGUUCGGAAGUGGAGUUUGUGUGUUCUCUCGCUAUCCAAUCAUUGAUGCAUAUUUUUACCGGUAUACUCUUAAUGGCUAUAUGUACAAGAUAACCCAUGCGGACUGGUUUGGUGGAAAAGGUGUGGGAUACUGUUUGAUUGAUCAUCCCAAGCAACCAAUUCAUUUCUUUGCUACUCAUACACAUGCAGAAUAUAAUGAAAGCGGAGAGUAUGUACCCCACAGAGCAGUCCAAGCAUAUCAACUCUCUCAGUUUGUUCAGCAUUUGACAAAGCCUUCUGAUGCAGUGUUAGUUUGCGGUGACAUGAACUGUGAGCCAUCCCAGCUGUUUUAUAGGGUUAUCAAAGAUGUUACUGGACUGACUGAUGCUUGGGAGAAACAUGGAAAAAUCAAGCGUGGUUGCUAUGGUAACACAGCAGAUGUCAGUUCAAAUACAUUUUCAGGAGAUAGGAGUGAUGUAGCUGAUUCUCAAGAGGGUGGACCAGAGGAUGGAAAACGCAUUGAUUACAUUUUUUAUCAAAGUGGUCAAAAAAGUCUAGAAUGUACACAUUGCGAGGUUACCAUGAGACAUGUCCCAGGAAAAACAUUCUCAUUUUCAGACCACGAAGGUGUGGCUGCUACCUUUGUGGUAACAGACUCAGCAGCUGGUGAUACAGAUUCAGUUCAAGCUACAUUUUCUAUCAGCAGCAAGGGACGAGAAGCUUUAUCUGAAACACAAAAAAUCAUUUGUGGUGCAAUUGAUGCAUUGUCGAGACGACAAAACUUUCAAGUAUUUGUUGCCUGUGCUUUGUUGCUCUUUGCAGUUUAUCCUGUCAUGUUUACUGCUGCAGAACACUCUCACUUUUCAUUGCACCACAUUUUUGGCAAGAUUUUGUAUCUGGUUCGCAUCAUUGCGACUGUUCUUGCCUCUGGAUUUUUGUUCUACGGUAUAAUCAAUGUGAGAGAAGAGUACAGUGUCUACAAAACUGUGCAAGAAAUGAUUGAUGUACAAAUGAAAAGAUAUGUAAUAGAAAAAGGAUGAAUGAGAAUUCCAAUUGACUUUAAAUCCCUGAAAUUAAGAUCGAGUAUAGUUUGUAUACAGAAGUCUUCUGAAUGAGGAACCUUUUUUUUAAUCAUACUUACAAAUAUUCUAUGAACUAGAAUGGAAGGUUAAGGGAAGAAUUGGUGACUAAUGCUUGCUGGCCACAGGAGUAUCCAAAGACAAAUUGUACUGAAAAUAAGGGUUCAUUAAGGUGACUGUUAUUAGCUGGAACUUGUCACAGGCAUUUGAUAAUUUUAACUACUGGUAUUUUUCGGGAGCCAUUUUCAUUUCUCCCACACAAGAUAAUUGUGCUGUGUAUCAUAGAUUUUAUCCAAAUAUACAUCAUAUUGAUAAAAUUUGAAUAAGUCAAGCAUACGUAUUGAGGAUAUUUUUCAUUAAAAUUAAAGAACAUUUUUAGGAAGAAAAAUGCAUGGAAAAUGUCAAGGAUUUCAGAGAAAAUGUUUGCAUAAUUGUAGCUCUAGAAAGCUACCCUCUGUUUCUGACACUUUUUGCCAUAUGAGUACCAAAUGGGAGAAGGGAAGCCUCUUCAAAACUUUUUCCUGGGAAAUGAUUGUUACUAAGGAUUACCCAAAAUUACACAUUUGCAUACAUGCAAAACUUCUACAUUUUUGCAGAGCAAAACUUUACUACAAUUGCUGCUUGUAUGCAUUGUGACUUUUUUGAGAUGCAAAAGUUGCAAUCAUAUUUUAUUUUUUAAACAAAUUUAGUUUUUCAGGAUGUAGUUAUUAAAGCAAUUAAUGAAAGCCUACAACAUUUUGUCUUUUUUCAUAGAUAUAUUUUCUCUGAACUAAUUUAUGCAAAUGGCAAAUGCUAGACAAAUAUCAAUAUAACAGCUUUUAGCCCCUUGCCAAACAAAGCUGAAAACUAUUCAGUUCCAAUAUAUGAGAUGCAAUUCCAUCAGUAAUAAAUGCAUAUCAAGUAAAAACAAUGCUAAAUCCUUACAAGGUGUGAAAAGUUCAGUAAUGUUUGUCACUGACAUUGUAAGAUAAGUUUAGUUUCUUGAAUAAAGAGAAGGUUAUUUAGUUUUAUUUGUGCUGAUCUGAUUUAGUGCCAAACUCAGGGGGUGCUAGGCUGGGGAAAUUCAAGAUAAGGUUUGUGCAUAAAAUUAGAAAAGGCAGGCCAGCAGAUCAGAGACAAAAACCCUACAAAGAUCAAGUGUAACCAGUUACACUUGCUUUCAAUGAUCAAACUAUUCAUAACCAGUGUACAGUCGCAUGCUUCAAAAAUGUUACACCAGUUGUCUUUACACAGGCUAGGAUACCAUCAUCCACCGGUUCAAUCAUUGGCUGAUAGAUAGAUUUUUAAAACAAUGUUCUAAUUCUAGUGACUUUUCCAAAGCUCUUUUUUUUAAAAUUUCCUCUUUUUUU